AGUCGAAUGGCGACAGAGGGGGAUCCCACAGAUUUGGUCAAAGUGCUGCACCUGCUGGUGCUCUCCUUCUCCUGGGGGAUGCAGGUGUGGGUGUCCUUUAUAUCAGGUUUUGCUUUGAUCAAGCAGGUUUCUCUACACACCUUUGGUUUGGUGCAGAGUAAACUCUUCCCCAUCUACUUCUACUGCCUUGUGGGCAGCAGCGUCGUCAACCUGUCUGUCUAUGCAGUGUACCAUCCCAGAGAGCUGCUGGACUGGCACGAAAGUGUGCAGAUGAUUCUGUACUUUGUGGUGUUGGUCACAGCGGGCCUGAACGCUCAGUGGUUUGGACCCGUGAUUAAUGAAGUGCUGCUGCAGAAGAUGGAGGUGGAGAAAGAACAUGGUCUCGGAAACCAGAUUGGCUUCGGCAGCCAGAAGGAGGCUUACGAUAAACUGCAAGUGCAGGACACCAAGUACAAAGCCUGCAGGAGCAAGUUUGGCCGCUACCAUGGGUUGUCCUCGCUGUGCAACCUGAUCGGCUUCAUGUGCACCACCACCAAUUUGAUCUAUACAGCCCUGAAUUUAUCCACCGUUUAGAUGUUUUGGGAUUCAGCCUUUGAAAAAUAGCUCUAAUUUUGCAGUG